AAUCAGUCUAUCACGUCAUUUAAAAACCGGGUGUACAUGUAUAAUUUACUGGAAGAACAUCACACACUUUGGGUCAAUAAAAUAUGACUUCCACAACAAGAACAUAUUCAUUCAUUGGGUUCUGCAAUCUUCCGCCGGAUUCUCGUCACGCCCUGGCACGCCUCUCAUAUUAUAGGCAGGAUAGUACCCAUUUCCACGCAGUGACAUCACACCAGAAGGGCUAUAGUAUCCGUAUGAUUGCGGCUGCGGAUAAAAUUGCUGUGGUGGCGGCGGAUAUGAUCGGUGCAGCGAAGGAUAAGAUUGCUGCGGCGGCGGCGGAUAUGAUUGCUGCGGCGGCAGAUAUGAUUGAUGCGGCGGCAGAUAUGAUUGCUGCGGCGGCGGAUAAAAGUGCUGCGACGGCGGCGGAUAAUAAGAAUGCAGAGGAGCACCGAAAUUCGACCCCCGGAUACCCCCUAUCCGGCCGGAUUGGUUCCAAAACACGGAUCCAAACAUAUCUCUCACCGAUCUUCUGUGAAUUGCACAGAACUCGUCCUGGCAAAUAUCCUCAUCCACCGGCGGCGGCGGCGCGCAUACGUGCUUCUUCUGUUUCGACCUGCGGCUACGCCUAACACAAUCGUUUUCUGGUUCGUGUUCAUCCGAAGGAGCAGAAGAUUUCUGCUUCUCCUUCGCCUUGGAUUUACAGGAUUUGUUGUUAUCCGCUUUGAUUUUUCCGUUACAAUGAUCAGGUGAAGAAGCGGGGGAUUUGGUGGGGCCUUUGGAGUAGGAAACGAGUUGGGCCGCUUUACCCAUUUUCCGGAUGUGGUUGACUAUCACAGAGGGCUCGCAAUUGCAUCUCACGGUGGCCAACUUGUUUAUUGCAUCAUACUCCACCGAAUAUACAUCUAUCAUAGAGCAAGUCAAAAGCAAUUAAGACA